GGGUUCUCAUUAGUUUGAUCGAAACAGCUGUGUCGGAAUUGCGUUUACGGGCUUCACUGUUUUUAGCAUAAGAAAGCGAUUACAUAUCGAUCGCCAGACACUUAGUACUUGAGGGUAAAAUAUUUUGAAUCGAAUUACAUAAUAUACAGCAUGGAAGUUUAAGCAAAUAAGAAAAUCGAUAGCGUCUAAUAAAUCGAUAUAAUGAAAUAUUUUAUUUUACAACCGAUACUAUUGAAAAGUGAUCGAUAGUUUUACAGCUCUAACUUGUGCAUUAUUCGUGUCUUGUUGGAAAAAUCAAAACAAGUUAUAAAUUGGUUUUUAUUCGCUGUACGGUAUGUUUUAUGAGCAAUCGUGCUUAUUGUGCUUGGAAAACACCAGCGCAACUGAUGGUCGAAUAAAUAUUGAUUCUCAAGAUCCGCAAUCAGUAAAGAUUCGUGAAGCAAUUAAACAUCAUUUUAGAGAAGAGCUCGGUAUGAUACCCUUUUUAACAACCAAAAUAGUGUGCAACCAAUGUUGGGAAUUGGUACAAUCAUUUGAUGAAUUUUAUGUUCGUGUAAAAAAGGCGCACUUAGCAGCGAGCGACAAACUUAAAUCUUUGCAAGAGUUGGAGAUAGAAGUAAAAGAAAUUAAAGUAGAGACAGACACAUUAGACGAGUUAACUUCUCUUCCAAAACAUAAAAAUAAACACUCACGCGGUCUCGAAAAUGUUGAGGAAAAUAUAGAGAAGGAACUAAUUUCCUUACAAGGAAACGGAGAUAAGAAUGAACAGUUGCAUAAUGUAAAUAUAGAAAGUUUUGCUAUUAAGAGUGAAGCUGUACAAGAUGAUACACUGGAUGCAAAUUAUUCCCCGCAAAUAUCAGAAGACGAGAGUGAAUCAAGUAGCUCAGUGUCAGAAAGUAUUGUAAAGCUGGAAGAGGAAGAGAUAUUGGACCGUGCACCGCAUAAAAUAUUGCGAACUAAAGGAAGGUCAAAACAAAAGCGAACGCAGCAAAAGGGAGAAUCAAAGAAACAGAAUGAACGGCGACAUAAAACCAAAGACUAUGAUGAUUUUAUUGCACAAAAUUUUAAAUUAAACUGUUUUCUUUGUCAAAGAUCUCUAACAGAUUUCAAGGAACUAAAAAAUCAUUUUCGCGAACACCACCAAACCAACGGAUAUGUAAAAUGUUGUGGCAAGAAAUUACUUAAGCGAGGUGUGCUCGUUGAUCAUAUUCAUGUUCACAACAACCCAGAAUACUUCAAAUGUCAACACUGCGAGAAGGUAUUAUGUGAUCGAAGUGGUUUGGAAAUGCAUUUGCAGUAUUUCCAUGGUUCCAGAGAACGUACUUAUCAUUGCACUAUUUGUUCUAAAGGCUUUUUCAGCCGAAAAGUUCUCACUCGACAUUGUCUAAUACAUGCUCCAGACGAACAGAAAAAUGUUAAGUGCGAACAAUGUGAUAAAGCAUUCUGUAAUCAAUAUAGCAUGAAACAACACUUAGCGCUAGUUCAUCUAAAUUUAUAUGCGAAGAUAUGUGAUAUUUGCGGCAAAGCUUUAAACGGAAAGGAUGCAUUUCGACGGCACCAGGAGAAACAUGCUGGUAUACCUGCGCCCUUUGUGAAGUGUAAUUUAUGUAAUACAGAACUUAAGACGAAAUACGGACUGGCCCGACAUAUGAAAACAAUGCACACCGAGGAGUAUCAAACUCCCCAAGUCUGCCCAAUUUGUUCGAAAGUAUCUCCAAAUCUUCGAGCACAUAGAAGGCACAUUGAAUAUGUGCACGUCGCAGAAAAAAAACAUGUUUGCAAACUUUGUGACAAAGCAUUUAAAUCGACGAAAAGCUUACGAGAACAUGUGGCAACACAUACAGGAGAAGUUUUAUGUACUUGUACAUUUUGCCCUCAAACGUUCAAUUCUAAAUCGAACAUGUACACUCAUCGCAAACGACAGCAUCCAAAAGAAUGGGCAGAAAAAUGUACAAAGAAAAAAAUCUCCACUGGAAUAGUACAAAAGAUUCAAACUGAUUUGAGCUCCACAAUAUAAUCUUCGUUGCAGACGACGUUCAUAGAGAAGUCUCAAUGGGGAAAAUGCAUGGAAUUUGGAGGGGUACUUUUUUCGCAUACUGAUACACUAAAUACACAUUUUAAACAAUACUUAACAGCAAGAUACUCGGUUUCCACGAUAGUCGGACUGUAACUUCAACACCAUUCCCCGUAUAUGUAUGGGGAAUAUUUAUGCUGAUACAACAACAGCAAGAGACUGAAUUGUCGUUUCCACGACAGUCGGUUCUACGUUACCGAAACGACCCGGAUUUAUAUCCGGCCAAGGACUGUCACUCCAGCAGCAUUCCCGGUAUGUAAAUAUGGGGAAUGUUUAUGAUGCCACAACAACAACAACAACAACAACUGAAUUGCUGAAAUUUUGCAGCAGUUUAGUAGAACUCGGUAUUUAAUUAGGAACAAAGAAAUUUAACGCUGUAAGCUAGUUACAGGUGCUUUUUUAAUAUGGCCAUUAAUAAUAUUUUUUUGUUUUUUCCUAUUUAUUUGUCAUUCCAUUAUAAAUAUAUUUUUGAAUUAUUUUAUAUUUCCUUACUUAUUCAAUAAAAUUGAAAAGUAUCAUUGAAAA